CAGUUUGCUCAAGUAGCCGCACAGCUUGGAGGUCUGCUCCUUUGCCGACUCCGCGUCGAUCACGUCGCCCGACUUGGAGGUUUCAUGUCGAUGAGUUGGGGCCGAGCUCGACUCGCCGACGCCAUCCUCCUCUUCGUGCAUCUUUCCUGGAACUUUCUUUUUCGUGCAGCGUAGCGGAUACCCACUCCAGUUUCCAUCCACAUGACUGGUUGCCUCUGGGGCAAAGCACUAUGGGAGAUGUCGUAAUUUAGAGAAUGCGGAAAUGACUAGUUGGUUGUGGCAGCAAGUGGUCAUGACAAGUGCUUCCAAUUGACCCUGACCCCCUUGGAGGAACACACAUGUCACAUCACACUAUUCUUUUGAUUAAAGCCUGUUGAGAGAAGAGACUUUUGCUGCAAUGACAUCAGGUUCAAUCUCAGGGGAAGGAGUUGAAAAGAAGACGUCCAAACAGGAUAGUUUCCAAAACUUUCCAUGGUUCAAGGCUUUGAGGACCCGCUGGAGGUUUCGCUUCAAGGGUUUGGAGAUGUUGGAGCAGAGAGAACCUUCACCACGAGUUCUUUGGGACAGAAAACUCACGGAAUUGUCUUCAAAAUGGUUCAUCGAGACUCAAGUGGCACACAUUGCUCCAAACGGCUUUUUCCCCACUUGGUUUGUGGGUUUCAUAAGACGAGAAGAUGCUGAAGAAAUGCUGAAAGAAAAAGACUGUGGUUGUUUCCUAAUCCGUCUCAGCGAUAAAGCCAUUGGAUACAUAUUGUCUUAUAGAGGCAGAGAUCGCUGUCGACACUUUGUGAUAAGCCAGAGUGAGUCGGGACACUUUGUUGUCAGCGGAGACAGUGGGGGACAUGACACAGUCCCUGAGCUAAUCCAGCAUUACAAGACGAGCCCCAUUGAGCCAUUUGGAGAGUACCUCACGUCUUCAUGUUUUGAGACACCUACGGACAGGCUGUAUGACGUGAUCGUGUCAUCUGCCACAGAGGAGAAAGCGCAUUGGAACUCUAAACACCCACCUUUACCCCAAAACAGCCAAAGAACACUUGAGCAAGUGCCACCAAUGACAAGGAAAGGAAAACAACAGGACAAAGGGCUGUAUGCUAAGAUCAAAAAGCAACCAGCCAGAGCGCUUCAGAGCAACCAACAACACACGCCUGGCGCUAACACCAGGAUGGUUGAAGGGUGCCCCAGAAAGUGUCGCCCUGUGUCUGCACCAGACACUGUGUACUCUGUGCUCUACGGUCCUGCUGAACUGCACACUGACAGGCACAGCCCUACCCCAAAACCAAGACUUUCUCCUAAAACCAUGAGGCCCGAGAAGACAUACCCACACAUAACACCCCCAAGAAGUCACAGCACCCAACACCUGAGUGACGGUGCUGUCUACUUCCUGGCUGGGAGGCCUGGUGGCCCUCACACUGCACGCGUAGACACCACGCCACACACAUUGCAUCGUCACUGUGACCCAGUUUAUACUCAUGAUGACACCUAUGAGAUCAUUCCUGGGAUAGAGGAGACAACCAAAGCUAAAUUCAACAGUAACACCUACGAGUCAGUGGAGGAGAUCAGAUAAUUACUUUAGUAGUGCACUUUAAUUAAUUUUCUAUUCAAUUUUAAUUACUAAUCAUUUAUUUAAUCAUAAUUAUUAACUGAUUAGUUUCCUGCAGAAAGACACAUGGAAGCAGCUUAUUCAUUGUGUCAAUAGGAAGUUGUGAAAUGUUACAUGUAACGGCAGCAAGCUUUUUUUACUUUUUGUUUCACGUUGAAAAAAAAUAAUAAUGCAUGGCAUUUUUAGAGAUUUUACCAAAAAUGUAAUGUAUGAUCAAAUAUUCAUGAACAAAUUGUAUAUGGGUUGCACAUAUGUAAUAUGUAUGGUAUAUAUGCAAGUAUAAUGUGCAAUAAAUUUAAUUACAUUGACUACAUUAUAUAUGUAAUAUGUACACAAUUACACGUGUGACCAGUUGCAUAUAUAAUUCAUAUAAUGGUGUGUAUAAUAUAAUAUAUACAGUAGAAUGCAUAUUAAUAUAUGUACCAUACAUUGUCCAUUGUAUUAGUAAUAUUAUACCUGUGAAAUUGCACUGAUUGUACACACUUGA